AUGGAAGCAACAAUUUAUGAGGAUCAAAGCUUCUUGUUGCCAAAUAAAAAUUCCUACACACAAGACAAUGGUGAGCUAUGGUUAAAUUUAGCGAAUGACUGCAAAAAUCCCGGUAGACGAGAAGACUUUGAUAUUUCUGAUUUGUUGAGGUCUCCGGACCUAGGGAUUUCGUCGCCAGACCUCGAAAUGAUUGUGUGGCGAAAUUUCCCAGAGACUUGUUCGAUAAAAUUGGAAUCCCAUUCGCCUCCAGCACCACAGCUUUUGGUUCCUCAGGAGCCGGAUUUUACGAGCCAGCAAGUCACCGCGGAACAGGAAGUGUUCGCCAGAGGAUUUACCGACGCCUUGCAACGUCUGCGAGAAGAAAGAGAAAUAAGCCAAGCACGCAAAUCCAAAACGCCUCCGUCAGAUGAAUCAAUCCAAGUGAUUGACGCCGACUCGAAAUGCACUUUCAUCUCUUACAGAUUUGAUUCAUUUCACCGCUUACCGUCUUUUCAAGAGACUUUUUUACCUGUUAGGUUGGCUGGUUCAAUAAAAAAUAAAGAGGUGGACAGAUUUUCGCCUUGUGAACGGGAGCCGCUCGAAGGCUCAGAAAUUUCUGAAUGGUUUAAAGUGGAGACUUUGGAGGAAGGAUUCUCUGGGCAAAGACAAAGUUCUCACAGAGAUGGUCUGUUUAAUCCGUCCAGCGAAGAAGAUUCAGAUGAACCUUCCUUCAAUUCUCCCUCAGCCCACAGUCCCGAUGCUGAGGAAUUUCGUUAUGAGGAUUUCGAACACGAGAUUAAAGCUGCAGAGGAUAGGGAGCUGUUUCAUAAUGGCGUCCACGAGCAGGACAACGUUGGACCCGAUGGUGAAUGGACCUACGACAAAGACAGCUUUAUUCAAAAUGCCCCAACACCAAAACAUUGGCUCGCAGUCCAUACGAAGCUCUAUAACAUGUCUGUAUUAAAACAGGAGGCAGACACCGUAGAAGAACAACCUCAAGCGGACGCAAACAUACCUGGCGAAAACAUCAAUGUGCAAGGGUUCAUUAAAAUGGAGCGAAGAAAGCAGAAGAAUCGUUUAGCGGCGUGGAAAUGCCGUCAGAAAAAACUUAUACGCGAAUCAAGGCUUGCGACAACCGUUGAAGAGCUUUAUGCGGAAAAUUCCAGACUAAUGGAAGAACUUGGGAAGUUAAGAAGAAAAAGACAACAAUUAGAGCAAAGUUUUAUUAAACAUGUGACUAGUGGAUGCGAGGAAGCCCACAUACAAUACACGGAGAGUUUUAACGUCGACAGUUAACACAAAUGUUUUUUCUCGAUGAUUAUUUUUGCCUAGGUGAGUACAUCUGAAGUUAACUAACCGCAGAAAUUUCUUUGAAAACUACUUGUGUAUUUGCUCUACAAUAAUUCUUGCACUCCGGCCUAGGCAAAUUGAUCACCACAACAUGUUUUGACCCAAGUUUAGUGGCGAAGUUCCUCUGAAAAUACCUGAUUAUGUUUUAUUCCAUUUGUUUAUUUCUACACAACUAUAGCUUACUUUGGCCGUCAAUUUCACUACCGAGUCCUUUUCCUUUCAAAUGACUUCCAUGUUCCUCUUGCCACACAUCGUUUAAAAAAUAAAUCUUGUUCAGACAUUUUGACUCGCUAGGUAACCAAGUGUGAUAACAAUAUCGACCGUUUAUGCAAUUUAGUGCCAAUACAACACCUUAGGCGGGAAAAAAAAAUGAGUGGCAAGGGAUUAAAUCAUCCAUGGGAGAACUUUUAAAUCAGACCAUCUUUUUUGAAAUUUCUAUUCACUUUUGCCCCGCUCAUUUUGAACCAAAGAGUUUUCUUUGCAAUUCACUGACUUCGCUUUCAUUAAAAACGGCUGAUAAAAUUAUUCGUUAAUCCAUUUUUUAUUCCGUACUCGGCCCUCAUUAUACCGUUGUAACAAAUUGGCAAUUUUUCGUCCGAAACACAAAUGAAGGCAUGGUCGGGUGUAUAACUUUUUUCCCCCAAACUGAGCACGCAUAAAGAGAUGCAGCAAAACCUCUGACCGUUGGACAGGUAUUGUGUGCCACUAAGUUAAGAAAUUGUUGUGGGUAACACUGUGUAAUGAAAGGUAACAGCAAAAAAUGAAAACCUUAAUGUGAACUAGUUACCAAAAAAUUUAAAACUUUCUUUGUUUUUCGAGUUUAAUAUUUUCGGCCCCCUAAAUCAAAACGAUAGCCGUCCUCAGGUCUGUGGUUCCUUCUCUAAAAUCCCGAUGAACGGUGGAGCCUUGUUCAUUCAAGUCUCUCAGCUAAUAUUUGGUAUUUGUAGUCGUGAAAAUCAGGAGAACUCUACUGUGCAAGUAAAUCAUUUGACUAAAGACAUCGGCUUUCUGUGCAAUUACCACUAAAUACAGUCAAACCUCGUUAAUACGGGAACUGAGGGGGCCAUAAAAAGUGUCCGUAUUAAGUGGGUUGAAUUUAGUAAUGGCUUUCCUUCCCCAGGGGCGAAUCAAACUGUCUGUAAUUAUGAGGUGUCCGUAUUAAGCGGUUGUCCCUCAAAGUAGGGGCGGAUCUAGGGGGAGGGUGCGCACCUCCCCCUCACCCCCCUGAGAUGACCUGCGGCAUUCUAAUACAACUAGCAUUCUGUAUUAAAAUUUGUUUAUGUCACCAUUCAGUUACACCAUUCCUUAGUGGUGCACCCCAAAAAUUCUUGAUUCGCCCCCCCCCCCCNUUCUUUGUUUUUCGAGUUUAAUAUUUUCGGCCCCCUAAAUCAAAACGAUAGCCGUCCUCAGGUCUGUGGUUCCUUCUCUAAAAUCCCGAUGAACGGUGGAGCCUUGUUCAUUCAAGUCUCUCAGCUAAUAUUUGGUAUUUGUAGUCGUGAAAAUCAGGAGAACUCUACUGUGCAAGUAAAUCAUUUGACUGAAGACAUCGGCUUUCUGUGCAAUUACCACUAAAUACAGUCAAACCUCGUUAAUACGGGAACUGAGGGGGCCAUAAAAAGUGUCCGUAUUAAGUGAGUUGAAUUUAGUAAUGGCUUUCCUUCACCAGGGGCGAAUCAAACUGUCUGUAAUUAUGAGGUGUCCGUAUUAAGCGGUUGUCCCUCAAAGUAGGGGCGGAUCUAGGGGGAGGGUGCAGGGGGUGCGCACCACCCCCUCACCCCCCUGAGAUGACCUGCGGCAUUCUAAUACAACUAGCAUUCUGUAUUAAAAUUUGUUUAUGUCAGCAUUCAGUUACACCAUUCCUUAGUGGUGCACCCCAAAAAUCCUGGAUCCGCCCCCCCCCCCGCCUCCCCCCGGUAAAGCGGGGUUUGACUGUACAGUGUUUCUUUUCUUUCUUCAGUUUCGAUUACACCCACCUGAAAUUCAGUCAUAGUAUCAUUUAUUUGCACUGUAAUGAGACGUCUAAAUAUUUUGAUGGUUUUUCUUUUUAAUACGAUUAUAGCCCUUUUGGGAUUUAAUGUCUUCGAGAGGUUUCUCCAUGUAGAGGAGAGCAUUUAUUUGUUCAUACCGGGAAGUAAAUGACUUCAGUACGUAGGAGCUGUCUUAAAGACAGUAUUCAAACCAUAAAAAAGGUUAAGGAUUUGUAAAUUGUGGAAAUUGCCCUUAGCUUAUCCAGCUAGUUUACAGGCACUCCACUCAAAUACAGUCAAUUCCCUCUAAGACAGACACCUGUGGGAUCCACCAGCAAUCUGCGUUCAUCUUAUAGAAAGUCACUAUAUAGGUGUCCGUCUUAUAGGGGUGUCUGUUAAAAGAGAGUUGACUGUACUAAAGGCAGGCGUUGAGUGCUCAAAGCUUGCCUAAGAGCAAUUUUCAAGACUAGAUUAAACGCAAGAAGCAGUCACUUCAAGUUAGCUUUAAAAACUCAAAACCUCGGCAGCCCACGCAUAAGCGCGGGAAAGCCCUGGCAAGCCAGUCGCAAAAGCACUAGUUUUAAUUUGAUUUCAGUAUUAUAUGGCUAACGCUGGUUUCGCGGGCGAGCAAGAUAAAGCGAAUGUUGUCUACCUCGGCUACCCAAUAGGGCAUGAUAUUGCUUCAACGUAUAGUAAAUCUUUAAAUGGUUAAGCUCGUUCGGUCCACUAGCUGGCCGGAUAUUAGCCUUGUUUUUUUGGCAUUUAUGGACCUUGACUUCCUCUAUAAAAACGUUAGAACAGAACUUGGCCAAUAUCCAGCCACUUUUCAAUGACGAAUAUUCGUUAAGAGAGUUGCACAAAGCUCUUAGCCCAUAAAAAAGAAGGUUGGGCGGAGAUAGCCAAAUUUCUUCAAUAAAAAUCAUGUCCACAUAAACAAAGAAGGAAAUAGUGAUGCUAAGACGGGGAUGAUCAGAGAAAAAGAGAAACAAAUGAUACAUAUCGUAUGUGGCCCUAGUGAAAGAAUGCCCCUCAUAACGAGAAAGCUAGGCAUAAGCUAUAAAUAACAAUGCGCAAUAGCGAUUCAAACUCGCAGGAUUAGGAAGAUUAAGCAAAGACGUUUUAAAUCGACGCUUGUCAACCUGACGUGGACUUUUUGCAUUCUUCACCGGGCAGUGUUUUUGGUUAUAUUUUUUGGACAAAUUGUCUCCAUAAGAGUAAAUACACUUAGCAAUACAAAUUUGGUAGCGUCAUGCAUAUUUUAAAAAUGGGAAAAGGCCUCUCUUUCUCUUGGCGUGCGUCUCUCAAAAACGCGUUUACAUGAGCUCCCCUAUCACACUCCUUCGCAGUAAACCAUGAGGCCUUUUAAAACUUUGUAGCGGAGUACUUAUACUGCGCAAUACCGGCCGCUUUCAGUCGCUUAGCACUUCUUCCAAGACAGGAUACUGAAAGGAACCUUACCUCAGACGAUCUUAAUAUAUUAAAUAGCUUAGCACAAACAGAAUCAGCGAAGCUUCCUAAAGCAUAACUUUUGAAUGACAAAUGGUAUUAGAAAUACUACGCAGAAGGUUGUGGUUAGAUUUUUUAAAAAUAUUUUGAUAGUUACGACUUUAUUUAUAGCUUAAUGAGAAUAUUAAGCGACAACUAAUUAAAAUUACAGAUUUCCAUAUUUUGAAAUAAAAGAAGUUUAAAAAAAAACGAUGCUGGUCUUCAUUGCUUUGGGUAUCAGAAUUCACUGUGAAAUUCAUAAGUAUUUUAUAAGGCUUCAUGGUGGCUAAAUCGUCUCCUAAUUCAUCCUAUAAACGCAGAGAUUAAACGGACCACACCAUGUAGCAAAACGCGUCUGAGCUGGUUGGAUUCAAUCAGUGUAUACCUGGAAUAAUUAUCUGUUACAGAUGAACAACAAUUCAUAUUCAACGUAAAUACGACAAUUAAUAUCUUGCCCCUUUAUCAGCACCUCCGUGGGUUUUCUUGAUAUUUCCUCAUCUCUUGAUAUGCUCGUGAUAUUUUUUAUGCUCCUGGUAAUCGAUCCUCACAAUUUUGGUAUCUAUGUUCACAACAACUGUAAAAAUUGAAUACUUUGAAAGUCAAAUUCAGCCGGACCACUUUAACAGUAUUGACACUAUUAAAACUUCGAGUUAGAUUCAAACUCAGUAUACUCACAAUUGUCAUCGCCUGACGAUUUCAGUGUACCAUUAAGGCGUCCUUGAACAUAUUGGACAAUUUGCUUGUCGAAGAUUAAAGGAGGGACAAUAAACUCUUCUUGAUUGGAACUUAAUGUGUUAUUAACUGUGUUUGUUUGAAACUUCCCCGUAAUAUUUGUUACAAAACUUGCGAUUCAGAUUUUUUUUCAAGUCCUCAUUUUGUUCCGGGACCUACCUUUAUCCUCACAAAGCCAAGCGGUAAAUUUGUCAUGUGGUAUUUCGCAGUAAUUGAGUUGAGAUAAAAUUUAGUUCGCCUCCGCAAAACAAACGUAAAAGCACGCACUAUGAUCAUACAAGGGUAUUUCGAAAGAAAAGUUCCCUGAAAUUAGUUGAUUUUGGAUCACUUGCUCUGCGGCUUUAAGGUUAUUUAACACUCUCAUCAGAUUUAGCUCUUAAAUUUACGGCGUUAAGUUUUUUUGGUCCAAAUAUCAAGGAACAUCUUUGAACGUUAAUCCAGUAUAAUAGUUCGUCGAUCGAAGUAUCAAUGUAUCCUAUUAACGACAAGAAUUUUCACUUGAAAAACGAAAUCUGCGCUCGCAGUAUAUGUUUCACCAACACCCGAUUGACGCACUUCAAUAAAGGUGGCUUUUCAUAUGAUGCAGUAAGAAUUAACAUCUCCGCGGUCAAAAACAAAAGAUUAAGCGAGAAACAAAGGAACUGGUUACACGGGCUGCUGCCUUGCGAAAACUGAAUAUGAAUCCGAAGCAGUUAAGUCAAUACGGCAACAGGCGAGUGUUCAACAAGUGUAGAAAUCUCUUUCAGAGUAUUUGAAUUCACGGUUGACGCUUUAUUGCGCUCUGGGGUCAGUGGAGGGCCAAAUAAGACUUAACGCCAUACCACUUCGCUGAGAUCAUUGCGAGCGUCUCGAAUCGCGCUGUCACUCAUGCGUACUAGGCAUCAACAAUCCCUCUGUGUUCUUUCUGACCACCCAUGAUUAAGUUUAUGAGUUUCUUGGACGAUCUUCAAAGCCUGGAAAAGUGAUCUUUAAAGAGGCACUAGUGGAGACGGAAACCGUCUAGGGUUGGGCGCUUUGCGAGGUAUGCCUUGAUUCCGCUUAGCGCGAGUUUGUUGGUUUGAUCUGCGAUUUUUUAGCAAAUGUUGGCUGGUACUUCAAGUACAUGAAGGAUUUAACUACCAAUAUCAAUAUUCCUUUAAAUCCAUUAGUUGUUUAAGUUUUUAAGAGUCGCCUAAGAUAAAAAGUCAUUUUCUUGCAUUAAUUCUCGACUCUUCAUCAAUUUAAAGUUCGUCUAGUACACCCUUUGAACAGUAUUUCACGGGCACGGUUCAAGUUUUGUCUAUAUCGUGUUGAGUUCUGUCAUUAAAAUGAGACGCCACUGAGACAGAACAACGUAAAAGAUGAAGCUUUUGUCAUAUUUAUAACAUAAACGAAAGUUGUUUUCAAAAAUAUUUUUUCUCUAUAUUUAAAAUUGCUUUUAUCGCUUAGCAAAUAUCGAUUGUCUUGCGAUCACGUCACAUGUCAACAUAGGCAUCUUAGAGCGGGUACCUAAGAUUUGGCACUUCGGUCAUGUUCAAAUCUUAUCAUUUUUUUUACCCAAAUAAUUUUUUUACCAAGCCUUGUAUAGAACAAAGAAGCAUGAAAGCGUAGAGAUAAGAACAUGUAUGUGUCCCUGAUUUACAGUAAUUACAGUUGAGAAUGAAAUACGACUCAUUGUUUGCUCUUUGGGCUAAUUCACUUUAGAAUUUAAGUUACACUUAAAAAUCGUCUUGCAAAUCAUCAAAAACCAACAAUGGCCAGAGAAGCUGUCUAUCCUAUGACCCAUAAUUAUUUUUUAAAAUUAAUUCUUGGAGGACUUCAACCAAAGGAUCAAAUGGUAGCACCUUUUUAUACAGUCUAGCAAAUCCAGUUGAAAGUACUACUCGGAGAUUCCCUGCAAUUGACAGGUCUCACUUUGAUUUCGUCUACACAGUGAAACCGAUGAAACAUUUUCCACGCUUGAAUAAACAGCAAUCAAAGACAACUUAAUACUGUUAAACUUCUUAAUACGGUGAUCCUGAGAACCAAUUUAAAUUUCACCGCCAUUUUCUGAAAGCCAGGACCGCCUCCCAAGCUCCAAACGAUUAGGGUAGUUCGGAGGUCAAAUACACAGGAGCGUCAACACUUUUGUUUGCUUAUAGUAGCGUGUAGAUUGGAUUGUGUCUUUCUAGGUAUUUCUACACUGUUCUUCAGUCUGCAGGAUGUCUCUAAGAAAGCCUUGAAGUUUUUUCAAGAACAACAUGGGACACUCGGCAUUAUUUUCAAAGGAAUUGUGUUGAAUGAAAAAAAUAUCAAGGUUCCAAUUAAAAUCAUCUUCAUUUAUUGCGACAGGGAUGUGCCACUAACAGUGUACUUUUCACGUAAAAGUGUCAGCAAGAAGCAACGAAACGUCGCUGGUACUUUUAAAAUGUCGAAAAUGUUAAAAGACUGAUUCUCUUCGAACAUACCCAUGAAAGUGAAAAAAAUCUAGUGUGUUAUACAGAGGUUCAAUGAAGUGACAGUACAUAACAUAAGGCUAAAUCAUUUGAUAGAGGCAAUCGCUAACCAUUUGAAUGAAUUCAAACAAACCAGUGAAUUUGAUAAAGAGAAUUGAAUUUCGAAAACGUUAAAAUAUAACCAGACCGCUUUUCUCCAAAACCUUUCAACAACUGAAAAAGCUCUAGUGUCAGGGGUUAUGUAUGAGAGGUGUACUUUAACCUGAAGCUAGGCGUUAUUUAAGGGGCAUGUUUUCACGCUCGGCUUUGUUAAUCGUUUACCAUUCGAAUGAAUGUAAACAUGUUCCACCAAUCCAGUGAACCUGAUAAAGAGAACUACAUGGUGAAUGCUUUUAACGACGGGUUUCUACGGGUCUCUUUGUUUUCCUGAAUAUGCUUGAAGCAUUCUACAAAUUUACCGACCCAUAUGAACUUGCUCCGCUUCAAUAUAAAAGUGUUGACUGAUUUGGCAGCACUUAGAUUCCAAGGCUCGCUUCCUUAGGACCUUAUACGCCUUUGGGUGGGACAAGUGUGCCAAAUCAACUCUCGGAAGUCAACUUAAAUCUCAAGUUAAAAGAAAACGUGUCUAAGUUGUCCUGUUUAAUCCUGGAGAAAACGCGUGGUAACCGUAGAAAUUUGGAGUGUUCGUGCAGGCAAACAGUAAGUUAACUUGAACAUUGUCUUGCCAUUUCCAAGAUUUUAAAGUGGAUAUUUAGGUAAUUUAAAACAUCACUUCAAGGACUGGUCCUAUUUAGAUUUGGUACUGGAAUCUUUUCUGUGCUUAGUGGCGUCUCAAGAUUAUGGCAAACAUUUCGCGGUUUCUGUUUUUCACUUUUUGUCUUUAGAAUGCAACUGUCAUUUCUUCACACCGUUUGCUCCUGUUUAGUCAGCCAGACGACAAAGGUUGCCCUAAAACGGGAACAGUUUGUGGUCGUAGAGUGAGUAAAAUAUAGGGACGGAACAGCUGUAACUGAUUGAGCAUUAUGGUUUGUAGAGCACAUUUUGAGUGGCUAGCGAGCUAUCUGCCUACCCACAUAAAAAGAUAGCGUCCCGGCAGGUCAUAAGUGAUUUGUCAAGGUAUUUGACCGUUUCCUUCCAAAGAACGUCCAAAAUAGUAAUCAUUGCAGCAGUGUCUCCAACUUCACUUUGUAGAAUGAAGAGAAACUAUUGGUACCAGGGAAACAUCAUUGAUAAGGCGGUAUUCGUUAUGAUUCAUCUGUUCAUGAUAAAACUUUGUUACUGUCCGUAAAGUUAGAAUUCUGGGCGUUGCUAGGGGCACCCUGCGAGCAAAGGCCCUUCGAUAGAAGGCCCUUUGCUCGCAGGGUAUGUUAGGGGCAGAUCUGGUGGUUGUCCUUUCAAUAAAUUUACUUACGUCAGUCUAAAGGUGGCAGUAACGACAAACAAGAAAAACUUAGAAUUAGACGCAAAAUUUUCUUCACUUCCUUCAGUUCAAACUCAUUGUCUCUCGAAAUGCUCGAAACCGCAAUUCUAAGUACUUUCCUCAAGAGCUCGUCCCCGGGUUCCCAUAAAUGUUCCUUUUUUGAUUUUGAUCCGUUAAUUUUCCUUGUAAAUUUUUAUGGCGGUCGAUCCUUGUUUAAAGUGAUUAGAAUAUAAAAGCAAUGUGUAACUAAAGACUUCACGUAAAUUUUUACCAAAAUGCUACAUUUCGUAUUUGCAGAGGGUCUGUAAAAAUUGUAAUUUUAAGGAGGCUUACACUCCUGCUGUCGUUCACUGAGCACUAGUAUUUCACUAAACUGUUUUUAAAGUGACUCUAUCAUAAAUAGUUUUACCUCGCCCCAUGAAAAGUGGGAGGUCACUUUAUACUACUGCAAACCUAUAAUAAUAAAAGGAACAAAUCAAGAGGGUUAUAAGUCAUACCCUUCAAACAAAUUGACAUGUACUUGAAAAAGAUCUUCAUUUGGUGACAUUAGGCUGUAUUUGUGAUCCAAAUGAAAGUACAGUUUUAAGUGGUUAGCUUGCUAGUUUAUUCAACUCUAAGACCAAUUCUUGGUUGCUAAAAUUGCGUGAUCAACAGUUCGCUCAAAAAAGUUCAAAAAAAUGGAUACUAGUUAAAAGAUAAAGAACGUAAAAGCAAAAGGACGUACACGCUACCAGUUAGUGAAAGGUUUACCACUGAGCACCACUGAAUAUUUAUUGAUCAACUUUUCUUCAUUUCGGAGAAAAUCGUCAAGUUAUUUUUAUUAAAUGAACCAAUGUGGCUUAUUUUCACGCCUGUGUGAACAUUUCCGCCCCGCUUUAUGGAGAGGUAAUCAACCGAAGGAAACUUUCAUUUAAAAACUAGCAAUUUUCAAGAGGAGAUUGACUUAAACUAUGACCUUUUUCUAAAACAAAAAGCAACAAACAAUUAGACUGAUAAAGGAGGCAUAAAAUGGAAGUUUUUAGUAUGGGUUUCUUUGAUUUCUGUUAUUGAAAACGAGCAAGGGUUUCUGUUAUCGAUCCUCAUUUUUAAGAAAACUAUAGUUUCGGUUCGGUAAACAAGGCCAAAUAUUACGGAGGAUAAAGUUCAUAGAAAUUCUUUUCCAACACUUUCUGAUUAUUUUUUUUUUCCUCGCUUUGUUCUGCUGUUUAGAAUUAUUCUGUGUUCUCCCACUACCAGAAAUCCUUUUCACUUUUCACUGCUGUCGUUUGCUUUUAUGCGUCCCUUCUUUACACCAGUCGACUUCGACGUCUCAGAAGUUAAAUAUAAUGCAUCUUGACCAAUUUAACGUCCAAAAAGUGAUGGGCCGGUUAUUUAAACGGAGUUCAAUCAGUGUUUAACAAAACUGAGUUCUAAGCCAUUUUUUCAGUUUGCUCGACGCUUUUAUCUAAACACUAUUUGUCGUAAACAGUUUCAUGAAAGCAUAUGGCGUAGACCUGUAAAGCAUUUCUCUUCUUAAAAUAACGCACUAAGGAAGAGGUCUGGAGGUCCAAAGAUUUCCUAAACCGCGGUCUAAGCAAGACCUCGUUGAAAUAACCGACCCUACAGGUUUUAACCCAAGAGUCAUUUCAUAAGCAGGUUGAGUAUGAACGUAGUCCUGAAUAGGACUGUUGUUGUCAGUGACUCACUGUCAACAACAGUCCCAUUCAGGACUAUACGUUCACUCGGACGAUAAUGCUCAACCUGCUUAUGAAGUUAACGUCUGUAGCAUAAAAACGGCAAAUAUGGUUCAGUGCUUUACUUAAACUGGAAUCUGUUUAACUGCUAUAGGUGGGACUGUCCUUCCCCUCUUGAAAAGAUGCCUAUGUAAAAGUUACUCCCCGAAUAGAAUCCUUCCUGGCGAUGAGCCUCUAUGCCACCCUGCUGGUCCUCGCGGUCCUGGGACUGGUGCCAAGUUCCUGCGCAGGUAAGCAGCAAAUUCUACUUCACGGAGCCUCCAAUUCCUCUUAUCCUGUCGACCCUUGCAAGGGAAUGGUACACGCUGUGAACAAGAGUCGUUAACAUUGGCUAUAACCACUUGAUAACUACCCAGAAUUGCUGUGCCUAGAGUUUGUUAGAUGUCAAAAUAAGGUAGUGGGUUCUUCUUCGAAUGGGGACGCUUAUCUAACUACGUCGAAACUGCCGAAAGAUUUGAUGGUCGCUUAUUAGUAGAGUGGUAGCUUACGAGAGAUUCCAGCUAUGGGCAUUGAAUGGAAAAACGUACAGGGGUAAUUUCGAUCGGUCGUCGCCCAUAGGGAUUGGUUGCACGUGGAGGUUCCACUGUAUUCCUUAAAUCCUGGCUGAAGUACUUAUCAUGUUUAGUUUACAGUAGGAAAUAUAUGUCGUCCAAAAAUACGUGAUUGAAUAUGACGAUUCAUAAAUUUAGAAAAGAAAUAGAGGGAAUAGGUGGGGUGCUGUUUCAGUUUUGGUUUGACUAGAAGUGUGCUUGCUGGGCGGGGUGCUUAUUUAAAUCUGGGACGAUUAUUAUCUGAUAAGUGACAUAAAUCUUGUCCGCUCAUUCCAACUCUACAGACCAGAAUGAAGAGCCAUUUAGUGGCGAAGGGUCCACAGUGGCAGAGGAGGACUGGAAUGGAAAUAGUGGUUAGUAGUUAGGACUGGUACUUUUGAGCAUAUGAGUAGGCUAAAAUGGUCCUAAAAUUCUCAUGUUCUUGAUGCCCAUUUUACAGUCGACUUAUUGUAGCGCCUCGUAUGAUCAGUAACGCUAUCAGGAUUAAAAACUUCAAAUGAAGGCUUUCUAUUUAUCAUCAUCGUUUUCCUGAGAAAAUAUAUUUGCCUGACAUAGACGUCCUUGUAAUCCAAACUUCAAUUAACCUCGCUCUCCGUAAAAUCUUUCAACAAAAGGAGCGCGAAAUAUCUUGUUCUCUACCUACCUCCUUAUCAAUUAGACCGAAAAAAGUUGGUUGCUACUAAAUUACAUUCUGUCUUUUUUUCUGCUGACGUAACUUUACAGUUGAUGUGGUUGAAAUCUUUCCAAACAAAUAAAAUUCGUAGUCCGCGUCCACUUCUACUGGUUGGAAUGCCUAAACUAAGACCGAGCUCGACCUGGCUGUUUCCCAUAUUACCACUUUGGUGUGUACUCAAAGGGUCUCAGUCAAGAAAUUAUUCCAACAAGAGAUCCGAGACUUCAGGCGACAAUGGAGACAAAAGCGGGUCAGGGGAGGAUGAUGGGUCGAAAUCAAACUUCCAUGGAAACGAAGACCGCGGAAGUACUAACUCAAAGUUUGACUCCUCCCUGGAACUUUCAAAAGGUACUUCCAGUUCCAAAAAGAUUUAUUGGCCAUUUUGAUUUGUUGUUGGCGACUGGGUCGGUGUUGCGACGAAUUGCAUCAUGGGAAUGUUAUGGGGGAGGAAUCUUGACCAGUUAUCAGGACAACUUCGUAACAGCCUAUGAGAGAAGUGAUAGCGUCCCCGAAACAGUCACGUAAUGCAAUUCACAGAGACGGCGGAGCCGGGGGAGCUGGGAGGGCUUUACCCUCCUCCCUCCCCCACUUUUCUAGAAGAAAAAUGUUUUGCUUAAAGUAUAAGGUACAUGCUGUAACCACUAGAAGUACCUGCCAUUUUACACCUCAUCCAGGUUGAGUUUUUUUAAGAGAAAAAUCUCAUUGAGAAUGUUGAAAAUACCAUUUCCGAGUCUCUACUAUUGGGGAAGAUUUCAUUUUGUUCUAGGUCUCCUAGCGAGAGAUAUUGCCAAUCCAUCAUCAUAUGAUGCGAACGCAUCGUUGACCAAGGCCUUAAACUCCCGGUUGGUUUCUCUUUCUAACGCGGAAACUCCCGUUGACCAGGCUUUUAAUCAAAAUCCAAUUCCUUAAGAGUACGCUCCCUCUUUUUCAGGGAAUUUGGAGGUUUUUAAUGCUUUAAAGUAGUGUGUAAUAAAUUCCCUGAUCAUCCAAACAUGCUCAGGUCCGCUGAAAAACUAGCGGCCUGUCUUGUUUUUGAUUUGUGCGGACCUGGCUGCGCCCAGCCGGGCUUAGCCUGUGACCUUCUACAGAUGCGUCUUUUGCCUAGAAGAUAAGAUAAAGAAAUGUUUGAUUACAUAAUCUUUUCUGUCUUUUUAGUUGUUGAUGCCGUAGAUAUAUUGAAGAAACUGAAAAAAGGUAUGAAGAAAACAUUACCUUAUUAAUUAUUCUUGGUUGAUUUAUGUGUGGACCAUUGUUUUUUGCUUAUCUGGUCUGUUUGUUUAUUGGCUGGUUGGUUGGUUUAUCUGUUUCGCUGGCGUUUGAUGGAAAGAAAACUUUUUCAAAUAAAGGCCUUUACAGAGAAAGUUAAACUGUCUUUCUCUUGGAUAGCUCUGUUUCCCUUAAGUGCUGAAGAAUUCCUUCUUAUAGCUUCUUGUCUAUAGUCCCUGACAGUUUAUAAUUAAGCCUUUAAAUUGAAAAGCAAGGGCUGGUACGCAACAGUCUCUACGUGAGAGCAGCAUUUUUACCUUUAGUCUUAUUUUGUUGAUUCUUUCUUUUUCUGAGCAGUAAUUCGUCUCCUUCAUCCAACGCAGGGGGGGGCGGGGGGAGGCAUGUUUGAAUGCACCCACUAAUUAAUCGACUUUAAAUCAGUAUAUUUUUUGAAAAAAUGAAGGAAGUUUGUCGCUUUUUUCAGCAAAAUCAGACGAAGAGUUGGUUAAAAAGCUGAAGACAGGUAAGGUACUCUCAUCUUCAAAUGAGCUUAGUUUUUCUCUCUGCAAUUCUAUGCCUUAUUGCCUGCAUAUGAAAUCACUGGUAAAGCAAAAAUCAAGUUAUAAAGCGUUUAUUUCUCUUUUUUUAUAACGUAGGACCUGAAACACUAGGCGUUGCUUUCAAAACGUUUGAACAACUAAGCGGCCUUUGGAUUUCCGUUAUGCAUAGAAUAUGGAGAGUUUGGAAAGCAAAAGGUACGUUGGGAUUUCGUCACGUUUAUCAACUUUAAGUGGAAGGAAUUGCUUAGCUUAUCCCCCGGUGAAUAUCUACCUUAAAAAGACUUCAAAACCGAUCAGAGCGUUUCAAAUACUUUACCAGACUGUUAUGCAGGCAAUAAUGUUUAGUAAUACUGGGAAUAUUGGCCAUAAGGGUUAAGAUCACAACAAACAUGUAGUAUUGUACAUGGAAGUUUGAAUUUUUGGUUUGUUAAAAUAAUUUCGUUUUGAUGUGAAGCGUUUUCAAAAGAAAAGAAGCUCAUUAUAGUUCGAGAAAUAUAGAAAGAUACUUACGUUAACUAACAGUAACUGUUUUAUCGUCCUCGCAUGUUUUCUCUACAAUUUAAUAAAAACCCACUUAAUACAACAAAAGAGACGUCUCAACAGUUUGUCAGCAAUGAUAUAAACGUGGCAUCUGUUUACCGUUUUUUUUUUCUUACACAGGUGCCAAAGUAGUGAUGCACUCAAUAGUAGAUAACUUGAUGAACAACACAGGUAGAACAAUAAAACGAAAGGUAGAAGAUUUUCUCAGCAAUAAUACAGGUAAGUCAAAAACACCUUCUUUAACCUCAUAACUCCCAAGAUCCGUUUAGAAAUUCUCCUUUCUGGCUGCUGUACUUUCUUGGUCACUAGAGAAUUUCAGGUUAUAUGAAGAUGAAAUUCUCCCGCUGUUAAUGCAUUCGGCUAUUCUCAUCAUGUCUGCUGAACAAUGCAUAUAUUGUAAGGAAAAUCUACAUGAAAAUCCCUUCUGGAGAUAAGGGGUUAAGUUGAGAAAAAACCUCUUCAACUAACCAGAUACAAAAUCUAUCUGUGCCUCGGUGGGAACUUAACAAAGUUUUGUACUGGAAGGCUCCUCCUUAAGGUCCAGCCCCUUAGCCUUUUAUAUAUCAUGUUUGGCAGAGAAGGGACCCCUUUCUUAUACCUUUUAUUGACGAAAGGUACCCCUUUCCUAAUCUUUUGCACCCCUUUUAACUGCUGUAAGUGCACUGUCUUUAACAUAUGAAUAAAUAAAAAAAGGUCAACGUUUUUUCGACUCUAUCACAGCCAUAAAUUUCCCUUUGGGAGUUUUAAAAACCGAAAUCACAGAUUUCCCUACCCUUUCAGCUUCAACCAGUAAAUUCCCUACCUUUUCAUAUACCUGAAGCCUGAAAAAGGUACCCCUUUUGGCAGCAUCAUCCCCGUAUAGGCCAUAUCCACAUUCUAGAUUUUGCCACAUAAAUUAACUUAGCGCCAUUAUCACUGAAUUGUGAAUUGAAAAAGCGAAUUGUGUCUUAUUUUACGCCUCAGUACGCCUUAUGUAACUUAACCUAAUAUAGUAACAUAUAAUUUAUAUCUUUUAGGCAUCCCACACGAAAAAGUGAGCAUUAAUUUUAUUAAAACCAUUCCCAAGGAGGAACAACCAUGGCCUUCUAACAAACGUGAGUUUUACUUUUCGCCUCGUCUGGCAAUCUUCAUCUCUGAAAACAGCGCAUUUUCGCUAUAGAAGGAUGAAAUUUUUCCAAAAGCUUGACAAGGCAAAUCGCUACCGAAGGGGCUAAACCCCCCAGCCACCUCCGACUGCACUUGUUUAUAUUUUUUGGUCCUCGUAGGACGAGUAUGUCGAACAGGAAAACAAUUCCGUAACCAAUCACAAUAAAGAGCAAAACAUAAUUUCAUUUACUUCAGAUUGAAAUGAUGAGUCUUGUGACAAUUUUUUCAAAAUUAAUGGCCCAAAUUAAAUAGCGUUUAAGUAGGUCUGCGUUGAGGCAGUCGUGCUAUACAGCAAUUCUAGAAGUUACAGUGGGUACUGGGCCUUUUUAUAUAACAAUACUAUAACAAAAAAGUCAUUAAUAGUUAUAAUUUUUUCGUACGUUUUCAGAGGAAAAAGCUACCAUCGAGAAGGUAAAGGUGUCGUUUAAGAGAAAAACUGCAAACACUUCAUCUAUGAACACGUCGAGCAGCGCAAACAAGGCUGAAAUUGAUGAAGGUGAAAAUAGUUCUAAAACUUAUAAUGGAAGCUCUUAUCACAUGUCCAACGUCGGAUCGAGAAUAAAAUGGGGAGAACGACAUCCUCUAGAAAUGCAAGAGCCUCUGGAGUCUAGAUAUCACGGGAACAUCAAAAAUGUCUCCUCAGGCAACUUUGAAAACCAAGUGGGAAAGAACCGUGAAACAGGAAGGAGAGUGAGGGUCAUGAGUGCUACAGAAGAAACGGGGAAUGUCCCACAACUUAGUGAAAAGAGUCAUAUAAAAGGAAAACAAGCUGACAGUCCGAGAACCAUAAACGACCAACAGAAGCUGCUUAAUAACAGCUUUAUAUCGCAGAACCCAGAUACUCAAGGAAAGGAAACAUCACAUGUUAAAAAUACCAACAUAAUUAAGGGACACGUUUCUAAAGAAAGUCACAAUAAUGACGCAAGCAAUUCGCCAGCGAAAAUGAAUGCAACUCUUGGAAAAAUAGAGAUUGAGGAAGCAAACCCGACAAAAAACCCAACUAAGAAAUCAAGUGUGCCGAAAAAAGUGAAAAUUAACUUUUUGAUAAAAGGUGAAGGGUCACAGUUAGACCAAAAUAACAGAAAUAUUUUUCAGAUCAAUAAUUCUAGAAUAGAGAAGAGGCCUCCACUAUUUGUGCAAAAUGAAACGAAGCCAUUAACCGACUCCAAAGGAAAGUCAGCAGAACUAUCAAAGUCAUUGUAUUUGACUAGAAGUGACAGUGGAGUAGUACGAAAUAACUCAAACAGUGAUACUGGCGCUCUAUUUGCUAAAAAGCGCUUUGAUAACAAAACUUUAGAGAACAUAACACCUUCACCUACAAAUUCAAGUUCUCAAUUGGAUGCUUCGAAAAUACAAACAAAUGUUACAUCGUUUGCACAAAAUAAAUCGAAAUCAAAAGCUGAUUCUACAGGAAGUGCAGCCGAAUUGUCGAAACCAUCACAUUUGACUACAAAUAUUAGCAGAGAAAAAAAUAUCUUGGACAAGGUAGCUUUGAGCUUUCAUGAUAAUGCUACUGGAAAUAGAUCAGAAAGUGAUAUUGACACUCCUAGGGUCAAAGAGCACUUUGGAAACAGAACUUUGGAGAACUUGGCUCCUGCCCUAGCAAAGGCUGAGAAUGUAUUUGCAGAGACGUAUAGAACAAAGGAUACACAACAAUCAAAUUCUUCUUUCAAUGAAGCAAGGGCAACUACCAGUAAUAAAACCAGUCUUGCAGAUAGCUUCGAUGAGAACAAUAAGCUUGAAUCCUAUGCUGCAAGGAACGUCAGUAAUGUCCCUGAAGGAGACUCAAAUAAAAAGCAAGCUAGUGGUUCUCGUAACACAACGAAUGUACGCGAUAAAAUGAAAUAUAACGUUCUUGGAAAUUCAAAAAAAAUGUUGGAUAAAGGUGUGGUAACUGCUAAGUUACAAGUCAAGCAAAGAGGACAAGUCUUGGAUAAUCGAAUGAACUUAACAGUUGACUCUUCAAACGCAGAACUACAAAAUGAGAAGGAUGAUGUUUUAUCAAAGAAAAGGACUCCGAACGUAGCUCAAGAAGACUUCAUGAAAGUCUCGGGUAAUGGAAGAAACGUAAAUGAUUCAAACACAAUACCACAAAAUGUUAAGGUGGAUGUUACAACAAAGGAAAGGUCACAGAAGGGGUUUCAAGAGGACGCCCCGAAGGCGAAACACUUAAAUCAUUCUCAAACAGUGACUGGUGAAGAUAAUAGUGCUUUAGUUCUUCAUACACAGGAACAUAAGGAAAAUCAUAGUUCACAGGGAGCCAAAGAGGAUAAUCAAGAAAAAAUAAGAAAUGGUAUGAAUAUGAUAGAUUUUUAUUCCUUUAGGCUUAUGUAAGGCUCUCCGGAUCUUCUAAACGCUAACUGAAAAUGUAACCCCAACAGGGAAUAAUAUCGAUAAUUAUGAGACAAAAAGACAAGUAAUAUAUAUGAUCCUGGUUUAGACACAUGUCCUCGCUUGACUUGUUUGAAGAUUCUUUUAAAGGCUACCAAGGAAGUGGCACUUAUAUAAUGCUUAUUUCUUUACUUCAGACAAACAAGAAUUCCAGAAAAGGAAGACUUUCUCAGUUACAAGCAGUGCACUUCACGUUCGUUCAAGCAAUUUAACGGUAGCGAGCAAAAGUUCCUCAGUUCGUAACUCUUUGUCCACUGAUGUUGUAGUCGAUGGAGAAAAGGAUUCUCAUUCUUCCAAAAGUGGUGUUUCAUUUGAGCACGCACUCAAAGGCACAAAAAAAGAUAAGAAAACGUCCCCUUCUGAUUCAAGCAGAAAUAGUAAGACUAAUUCAAUGGCUGAAAAAGUGACCAACAAUGACAAAGUAGCAGAGAGAAAGGAAACUCAUAAUCAAGAAAUUAAUGCUAAGCGAGUGCCAGGACUUCUAGGGAAUAAUAUACAACUUGACAAAGAACAUGACACAGUGCACGAUUCAGGAAGUGGAAAUGAUAUGCCACAUGGGGGAAGUGUCACACCAGAGAAACCAGAAACUCCCACCGCUAACGACCAAGGUAGUGCUUUGACUAAAGACAAAGCCCAAAAUAAGCUCCAAGGCUCUGAAAGCAUCGUGAGUUUUGAUCCAACAAAAACUGUGGCGUCUCAAAAAGAACGUCACAUGACACGUCAGUCUAAAGGCGUUAAAAAAAGAGAAAGAAAAAGUGGAAUACCAUAUGGUGAAAUCGUUACAAUUCACAAUUCUCAAAGUCGCAAAAUAAAUGAUCAUGAAAGAACAGUGACAAGAAAAAACAAACUAGGGACAAUUCAGAGAAAGGCUAGUAGCCUGGAGAAAGAUCCAGAGGAAGGUCUGCUGACAGAUACGAAACAUGGCGACGUGGCACAUCAGUCAAAAGAUGUUUUGACUGCUAGUCCACAACAGAAAGUACAGUAUGAACCGGAGAGGGUUUCCCCUAAAGCAGAAAAGUUAGUUAAGAUAAAUGAUGGACUUUUACCUCAAAGUAAAGCUAACAAGCUAGCAAUUCAAGUUAAGGUGACAUCCAGAAUAUCAGACAAAAAAUCAAGCCCCGAUAGCAAUGAUGAACCCAGACGCCACAGAACUGAACAUUCAAGUGAAGGUAUUUAAGUCCUGUUUUUCUUUUGACUAUUGUUUGUUUUUAGGGUACUUUACAGGAAAUAUAAAUGAGGGUGACGAAACUGAAUGCAGAAAAGGGUAAUAAUUGCAGCUUGAAACUUCAGAACAAUUAGGAAGGACUUUGUAACUAGUUCUCAAGCCCUGCCUACUAAAUCUUCUUUAUUCACGGCACGUUGGAUUCACUCGAUGUGCAUUAUAUUUGUCACGACAUUUCAAAGAUGGCCUUGCUCUAUCGUGAGCCUCGCACACCAUGAUUCAAGACACCCUUUGCAGCUUUACACACUGUUCGUUUUAAAUGUUGUGUUUCAAUCUUUUGCUUUUUGAAAAUUCCCUUGUUUGGUUUAUUUAUCAAAUCUGGUAUCUACAUCCACAUGAAGUAAGACAAACUUUAAGUUACUUUUGUUCAUUUCUAUAUUAAGCACACCUAUCUUCUGUAAGACGAUUUACUUAAUUCCAAAGAUACCAAAAUUCAGUAAAUUUCAGUCAUUUUAAAACGAGUACCUCUGUAAUGUGGACAUAUGAAUCAGCUGUUUCUUUGGGGUCCAUUAUUAAGUGUGACUGUAUUUAGUGUGCUUCAUUUUUUACUCAAGUGGUUUAAAGCCUGGAUCCAAUGGGUAUAAAAAAUAAUUUUUUGGCUAUCACUUUGUCACAAAAAAUGGAACUGGAUCGAAAUCUGGCACACAUAAAGAACUCAUCGUCCUUAACAUAAAAAGUAUUACUAUUGUGUUGGUAAGUCACGUGAUAUGUCACGUGGCCAUUUUCCUGAGACGAGUUUUUGAGCAGAAAGCAAGUACUAGGAGUAACAUUUUUCUUAUUAAUAUUAAAUAUUUCGAACACUUCACGUUUGGAAUGAGUGUCUAUUGCAAAUCAAUCAAAUUUUAAGAAGGCAAACAUCAUUUUAAGUACUCCAGUAUAAUCUUAAGUCAUUCAAAACUUUAAUUUUAGACUCCAAACGUAGAAAAUAAAGUAUCAUUAUCCACUUUAUUUAUCCCAAUAGGGCAGAUUCACCACCAGAUUUCCUUUUUUUAAAAUUUUUGACCACGUGACAUGCCAUGUGACGAUCAUUAUACCAGGCUACGUUGUUUUUCCAACAUUAAGUCAGUGUCAAAAAGCAUCAAAAACAAAACUGCCGCUCUUUGUGAAAAGUCUGUAACUUUCUUUUCUUUCGGAUUUACUCUGUUUUUUCCUUCAGCCACACAGUAGCUGUCUGUGUUUCGGAGUUUUGGUUUGUGUACUCCUAUUUCGUGAUCCAAAAUCUCAACAAGGUAAAAGCUUUGAAAUAUUGUAUUAAGAGGCACGAUAAGUAUAUAUACUGUCAACCAUAUGUUCUGGUUUUAAACAAAAAUACGAAAAAAUUAGAAAUGUGUUAUUGAAAGGGUGAAUCCUAUUCUAUGUCUCUGGCUGAUAAACAAAGAUUUAAAGAAUUCUUAGAGGAGAUCACAUAGGAUAUGUUUCAUGUUUUUCAUUUAAUCGACAUUUUUUGUUAAUUUCUACUGACAGUUGAUGUGCUGACCUCUCGAACUCCUCCCACGUCACUUUUGACAACAUCAAACGAUGACAACGCUUACAGCAUCAAGGAGAUAGUGCAAGGUAAUUCUGAAAAAUGUCUUUCCACAUAAAAGUAAUAGUGAGGACAAAAUUUGCUCAAGGGGGUGCCAUAAGUAGGUAGAAUAUAUGGUGGAUGUAUCUCGAAAGUGACCAUUCAACCAUUCAGGAUAAUCAAGAAAAACUAAGACAUGGUAUGAAUAUUAUAGAUAUUUAUUCCUUUAGGGUUAUGUAAGGCUCCCCGGAUCUUCUAAACCUUAACUAAAAAUUUAACCCUAACAGGGAAAAAAAAUCGAUGAGACAAAAAGAAAAAUAAUAUAUAUGAUCCUCGCUUAUACACAUGUCCUCGCCUGUAAAUAAAAGUAAUGGUGGGCACAAAAUUUGCUCAAGGGGGAUGUCAUAAGUAGGUAGAGUCAGUAUGGUGAAUGUAUCUCGAAAGUGACCAUUCAACCGCCCCUUUUAAGGGAAUAGACAUUCCCGAAUUCGGCAAAUUUUUGCCUGUGGAAUACGAAAUCUUGGGAUUUGAAAUCAUGAAUAAAGCUUGAGGAAUCUGGAAUAGUAGUAGCGGUUGGAUUCUGGACUAUACGUUCUGACACAGAAUCCGGAAUCCACGGCGUGGGAUCCAUAAUUCAAUGCUAUCUUGGAUUCCCUUUCAUUGAGCAAAGUCAGACAAACGUUGCACCUGUGAGUUCUCUCCAGUUCUUUAUUCUGCGAGUAGAGACUACAUUUUAGCGGUGUGAACUAGCUAUUUUUUGCACAACGGUUCAAAUCGCGAAAAUGUAGUCUCUGUUCUCUCGGUGGCAGUAGUCCUGUUUGCCAUACUGAAGUUUAAGGAUGAAUUGGAGCAAAUGGGCAGUUCUUGGGGGCGGACGUGUUUCUCUGACCUCCAACUCCGCUUCGACCUAGUGAACUUGUUUUUCCUUUUUUUCCCCUUCAAUCGUUUUGUACCGUUUCCUUUUUUACUUCUUCGUCUAUUUGUGCCUGAUUUUUGCCAUUUUAUCGUCUCAUUUACUCGAUACGAAAUCUUGUUUAAACAGUCUUUGAAAAAGGCUAUUUUCAGUUGAUAUUAAAUUCUUUUUUUCCAACAUUUUCCCCGGUUCCUCAAUUUUUCAGUGAUUCAAGUCCGUUCAUGUGCCUUUCUUCAAAUUUAUUUUAUUUUUUGUUUGUGUGUUUGUCAUUUUUUAACACUGUUUUCUACUUCUGCAUUCAUGAAACAACCUCUUUAAUACUCUUAAUUAAUCUAUAAUGCCUCCUAGCUAGAUAAGCUUUUUAGCUAUUUUCUACAGGCGGCUUGUACCUUACAUAAGUAGUAUUGUAUUUUCUUAAAGGUCUUUUUCUCUGUUUGUGGUAUAAAUAGUAUUCUUGUCUUGUCUAAAUUCCUUUCUUGAAUGCCAUGUCGUCUUCUGUCUUUUUAGGGCCCAAGGGGCCAAGCCUUAUUUCUGUACACUCGGAUAAUAGGAGAAUUCAUGGCUUGGAGAAAAAAGUCGUGCGGCUUGAAGACAAGGUUACUGUUCUAGAGACGGCGAUGGCAGGAUUGGCAAGACGAAUUCUGGAUGUUGAGCAGAGUACAGGUCUGAAUCACAGAAGAGUUAUCUUUCAUUUCCUUCAUAUUUUAAUUCCAUUUUUUUACCUUAGUGAAGGGUUCAUGUUGUCAAGUAACUGUUUGUUAAUUUUUUUUUGGCUCGUAAUUUUUCGUUUACUGGGAUCUACUGGGUGAGAGGCUCUAUAAAAAACAAACCUUUUCAGCGUCUAAAUUUUUAUCAACCUGUCAGGAGUCAUCUGAUGCAAAGUGUAUUACCAGCCAAUAUUGCAUGCAAGACAAAAUGCAGCACUGAAGCACACACUCCUCGGUAUGGACACUACCUUGCGCGUGCGUCCAGCCAUAUUAACCUGUGUCACUGCCUAAGGCACUGGCCAGGACGUGGGUUGGUGUAUGUGUGCCCCUUUUUUCAGUUUGUGAAUAUUGCAUAGUUUAACUCUUGUACCUAACCAGAUUGGCUAUACCUAAACGAUAAGUGAUCCGUGUUCAUUUCUUAUCGUUGGCUAUUGUUAUUGUAAUGAAUUUGUCACUUCCGGUUUUAGAUCAUCCCAUACCAACAAUUCCAAACCUUCUUCCUCCCUCAAAUGUGGUCAAGCUUCAACACAAACAUCCAAUAAACAAUCAGCAACAAACAACUGUUUACAUAACAAAAGAAGUGAGUGCACCACCACAAACAGUCGCGCCUCAGAAUGGCCCUCAGAAGAUUGUCAUACCAAUUUCCUCACUGCGUUCUGGAGGAGGGAGGGGUGUUAACACCUAUCCAGCGUCCAUACAGGAAAUUGACGAUGAUAAAGAGAUUGAAGGUGAGGUUACAAUAACGCACUGUCGACGACCACUUGCUCACGAUGCAUCAAAUUUCACUAUGGGAUUUUUUGGGGGUCAAACUUUAAACUAGAUUCUUGCGCGUGAAAGAAGUAAUACCGUCCUCAAAAUAGUCCCAUGGUGCAAUAGGCCUUUUGCAACAGUUGGUGACAUGAUCAACUUUCAUUAAACACGAAAACAGUUCACUUUUGAAAAUUUUGUUAGCAGGAACUGAAAAAGCAUGUGAAAAUUAGGUGACCUGUUAAUUUUCAGCCUUAUAUCCAAAAAGUAGAGAUGUGUGCAACGGCCGCCGAAACGUAAAAGGAUUUGUAUGAGAAAGACAAGUCUUGCCACCCAGCCACGGUUAAGUGGUCCUUGUUAAGAGUUCAAAUUUUCUGUUAUGGAAAAAGAAAAUUUUGGCUCCGUUAUGCUUAAGGAAAUAUUUUACUACAUUUUGAAAGUUUCACAAGGAUUUUUAUGGAAAGCAACAAAAGCCCAUAUCCCCUGUAUUUGUAUUAGAAAAACAAAUGAUUAUUUUAAAAUCCCAUUUCAGACGAUAUCCGCUCAGAAAAGAGGUUAGAGGACAGCACACAUGUGACUGUACCACUUACUCCAUCAGCCUCACCCAGCUCUCAGGCUCAGGCAAUAGUGAGACCUGUUGUGAACAUUAUUGUUCCAAACAAUCGAGCAGACGAACUGUCAACAGAAGGUCAGUAUAACAUGUUAACCAGGGGCGAAGCUAUCUGUAUGCCGAUACGCACGUGCGUAUCUGAAAAAAUGUCUAAGACAAAUAAAAAAUAGUGAAACAAAACAAAAAGCAGAAAGUAAAAACGGAGAGAGGAACAACGGUGCAAGGAACGGAAAUAUAAAAGCCGUCUGCGAGAAGACGAUUUGUGCGUAAGUAGUAUAGAACGCACCAAAUUAACCCCUUUUCUGCGGGGGGGGUAUCAUUAUCUUGCGGGGAAGCACAUUACGAAAUGAAAUCCGGUGGUUUCUCCUUAUCUCCCCUUUUGUCUAUUUCUAAUACAAUAGAAACAAACGACCUGCCUGGGCUUAUAUCCGAACCGGAAGUAAGAGUGUGAAUUAUUUUGAGGAAGGAAUCGGCGUUAACUUGCCUGUAACUUUAAAAAUCACUAAGUCGUAACGUAAUAAUGCAAGUUCUAUUUCCUGCCGCUUUCAUUGCACAACAAAUUGUUCCAGUUCAGGUUCCCUGAUUCCUGGCGCUCAUUCCUUCCAAGGAAUAAUUCGUAGACUUCAUACUCUAACUUUCGGUUCGGGUAUAAGCCCAACGAGGUCGGUUUUUUUUCUAUUGUAUUAGAAAUACACAAAAGGGAAGAUAGUAAGAAUCCACUGCAUUUUAUUCAUAAGGAAAAAAAAGGCUAUGACGUCAUCUGUGGUAAUGUAUUCCCCCACAAGACAAUGAAAUUCCCUCUUAAAAAAGAGGAAAAUUCGGUGCAUCCUAUACUACUUGCGUACUUCUGGAAAAUUCUAGCCAUGCUAGUGCCAGGGGUACCCAUCCGAUAGUAGUACGUAAGUUACUGUCGUAGGAAAACUGCGAAUAUCUUUUAAUAAACGAAUGGAACAGUUUUCCAGAAACGUUAGGCUUCUCUCGAGCUUAGACCUUUCAAGGCAAUAUUUACUACUACGAAAAGUUAUCUUACAGAAAAAAAUCGUUGGGUGCCCUUUUGCUGUUACCAUCUUGGGCAAAACAGAAUUCUCGUUUAGCUAUGGCCAGGGGUUCCCAUCCGAUAGUAGUACGUAAGUUACUGUCGUAGGAAAACUGCGAAUAUCUUUUAAUAAACGAAGGGAACAGUUUUCCAAAAACGUUAGGCUUCUCUCGAGCUUAGACCUUUCAAGGCAAUAUUUACUACUACGAAAAGUUAUCUUACAAAAAAAAAUCGUUGGGUGCCCUUUUGCUGUUACCAUUUUGGGCAAAACAGAAUUCUCGUUUUUUUUUUUUUUUCAAGAUUAGUUAGGAUCGUCAUUAUUUGCAAACCAAAACAUCCGACUUAGACUAACUAAGAAAAGUUUGUUUUGCAGGUACUUGUCUACCAAGAUGUCAAAAUGGUGGAAGGUGUUUGGAGGGAAACACCUGUAGAUGCCCAACCUUUUUCUCGGGAGUUCAUUGUGAAAAGUUCUCUCUUAAAGACCUUCUGAAAAGCCCUAAAAUUCGAGAAAGGACCAAUAGAAAGCUCAGAAGAGUGGUGUUAUCGGAAUUACCAGAUCAACAGUAUCUGGAUGGGACUCUAAGCUUGGAUUCAGGAUCCCCUGCACUAGAAUACAGGAAUCUUGAUCAGGUUGAAGAACCUGAUAAAGUCUUCAUUGCUAGGCAAAAGCCUAUUGAUUUGACGCCUCCAAGAAACAGUGCAGAUGCCCAGGAUGUAACCAGAAGAAGACAAUUCAUUCUCGAGAUCUGA